ACAAUUGAAAUGUCAAUUUCGUUAGAUGAUGCUCGUUUUCCCGUUUCCACAACACAAAUUAAUUUAAAAAUAAAUGUAUUUACUUAACAUAAAUAUGCAGCCGGUGUAUAUAGUUUGAAUUAUAAAUGGUUUAUAAAAAUGGACGUACCGCAGCCACCACAAGAUACAGAACUUCGGAAUAUUAUAGAUAAAUUAGCCCAAUUUGUAGCUAGAAAUGGCCACGAGUUUGAGUUAAUGACCAAAAAUAAACAAAAAGGAAAUCCCAAGUUCCAGUUUUUAUAUGGUGGUGAAUAUUUCAACUACUAUCAGUAUAAAGUUUCUGCAGAACAGGAAUUAUUUAAACAACAGCAGCAACAGGGAACUGUUUUGACUGAUCAGGAAAACAGUUGGAACCCCUCUAAUCAAAUGCAGCACACUGCCGAAAUUGAACAGAUUAAUAAACAACAAGACACUUUAAGGGAACAAAUCAAACAAAGUGAACAUAAUUUGACGGCCCAACAUACAGUGUUGCUUCAGCAACAACAAACACAAAUAGAACAAACAGUAAAAAGAUGUGAAAUUGCUGACUUACAAAGGGAGGCCACCAAAUGUGAAGUGGUUUUGAAUGACAUUUACGGCAUUUUGCAACCUAUAAUAGAUAGUUGUACAAAAGAUAGUAUUAGUAAUGGGAAGUCUUGGUUUUUGCAACAUGCCACUAACCAGGAAAAGGCAGAUUGUAUUGUGCAGUGUUUGUUAUAUAAAGUUUUACGAACGACAGUCUUCACUCAAAAAUUACAUGUGAUAUAUUUAGUAAACGAUUUACUUCAUCAUAGUGCAAGAAAAAAUGCCAGUGAUAUUAAAGAAGCCUUAGAAAGAGUAGUCGUUCCUAUGUUUUGCAAUGCCAGCAUAACAGCUACAAAAGAACAAAAACUAAAACUAGAUAAAUUGUUAAAACUGUGGGAAUCGAAAACAAAUUACUUGAAAGCUGAUACAUUAGAACGAAUGAGAAAUCCUGUACAGAGUUAUGCCCAGUAUCAAGCCGAUCAAGUAGCUAAAUAUGAGUCGGAAGUUUCUAGCUUGUCACAACAGACGAAAGUCACGUAUGAUGGGUACCAGGCCCAGCACCAGGCUUUUGUCUGCCAUGCCAUGCAGCAGAUCAUGGAUCUGCAACAACAGAAGCAAACGUUAGAGCAACUAAUAAUAGCUCAACCUACACCACCAGCAGCUCCUUCUAGCACGCUUCCUUUGGAAACAAUCCAGCAGAGCCUUCAGCAAACCAUACAGAGCCUGAGCCACAGUACACCACAGCAAGCAUUCCCCAUUCCGACGAUAAAUUCCCACCAGAACGACAACUAUAUAGACAUGAACGUUUCGAUCCCGCCCCCUUCCCAGAUGAACCAACACGGAAUGACUCAAAGCUACUCUUCCAACAACACUUCCAUGCCCGUCUUCCCUGCCACGCCCGACUUGAACCAAAACGGCGUAGAGAGUAUGUCGUUUUCGCAACCGCCCCCAGGUUAUUUUCCGGCGCUGGGGUUGCUUCCGGAUUUUUCGAAGCCUCCGCCAGGGUUUGUGUCGCCACCAGAACCGUACGUGGAAGACCUAAUGCCCUCAGCGCCCUACUACGAGUUACCGGUUGGACUUACAGUUCCCCUCGUCAAGUUGGAAGAAACGACAUAUAAACCGUUAGAUCCUAAAGAUAUUAGGUUGCCACCGCCAGCACCACCUAGCGAACGACUUCUAGCUGCAGUCGAAGCAUUCUUCUCAUUACCAAACCAUGAUAGGCCUAGAGACAGCGAAGGUUGGGAAAAACUAGGUUUGUAUGAGUUCUACAAGGCAAAAAACAUUGCCAAAAAAGACAAAGACGAUCUUAUAGCCGCGGGGCUUAGACAAAAAUCGAGAACUCCUAGUCCGGUGGUACUGCCUGACGAGAAAGAACCUCCUCCUCCGAAACGAAAGUAUCGCAGCAAAUCCCGAACCCCGCCGCCCACGCCAGUCCGCUCCGUCAAGAAAUCCAGAAGUAAGUCUAGGUCUAGAUCGAGAAGUCGAUCGAGAAGUCCGAGGAGGAGGUACAGAGAUAGAGAUUCGAGAGGGGAUAGAGACUCUAGAAACGAUAGAAAUGAUUCCAGGAAUGAUAGAGAUUCCAGAAACGAUAGGGAAUCCCGAGGAGAUAGGGAUAGAGAGAGGGACCGAGAUAGAGAUGCUAGGAGAGAUCGAAGACGGAGAAGUAGAUCCAGGUCCAGAUCUAGGUCGCCGCUGAACCGAAGAUCCAUAUCGCCUCCGGCUAACAGUUUUGUUAACCUUAAUUUAAUGCAUAAUCCCGUACAAGAACUGGACCCAUCCAACAAGGGCCACCAGAUGCUGAAGAAGAUGGGGUGGGGCGGUAGUGGUUUAGGUGCUAAUGAACAAGGUAUUGACACUCCGAUUUCGGGCGGUGACGUUCGCGAUAGACAAGAUCAGUUUAAGGGGGUGGGGUGUAACUUGAACGAUCCCUACGAGAACUUUAGGAAGAACAAGGGGGCCGCCUUUAUCACGAGGAUGAAAGCCCGGGCAGAGGAGAGAGCUGCGGAAAAGACAACAACACACGGAGGAUCCAAGGGGUCUCAAAAAUACUCCGAAAACGAGGACUGAUAUCGAACCAUCAAUUCCGAAGCCAGGUUCAAGAUUUUUAAGGAAAAGAUAUUGAUUUACCUGGCUUCUUUUUAUUCGAUUAAGUGUGAAAGUGUUGCAAACACUUUUGUAUCACUUAUAAAUCCCAUGUUUUCAUUAUUGUUUUAUUAUAUUUUGUAUCAUGUGUAAUUUCGUUGACUUGACUUGUAAAUAAUGACUGUAAAAAGUUCGAUGAAAUAAAUAGAUAUUGUAGAACAGUUA